AUGACGGAUCACAACGUCCGCCAAAGGCAUGGCAUACAAAUUAUGGAACCUCCUGACUCCAUACAAAAUGUACAAAUCUUAGACGAAAAGAAGACUAUAGGGCAAACUAGAAAAUAUACAAAAAAAGAGAUUGUUUCGAACAGUGCUUUGGCUAUCCUCACGCUCGUAUCAUUCAUAACCCGCUUUUGGAAGAUAGAUCACCCGCAUCAAGUCGUCUAUUAUAUAAAACGAACCUAUUUUUUUGAUGUACAUCCUCCACUUGCAAAACUCAUGUUCGCGGCAGUAGGCUGGUUACUGGGUUAUGAUGGUCAUUUUGAAUUUGAUAAUAUUGGAGACGAUUAUAUAACGAAUGAUGCUCCAUAUAUUGGACUUAGAUCAUUGCCAGCUAUGCUAGGUGCACUUCUUGUCCCUUUAACAUACAUGAUCAUGAUUGAAUCCGGAGAAUUUUCGAACGAAUGGUGGUUUUGGAUGAUCGCAUCCGGAGUAACCCUUGGUUUAACAUUAAGUGUAAAAUUGGUUGGUCUAUUUACCGUCCUCACCAUUGGAAUGGCGGUUAUAGUUGACUUGUGGAAUUUGUUGGAUAUAAGACGUGGACUAACAAUAGAUCAUUUCAAAAAGCAUUUCUAUGCGCGUGCUGUUGGUUUAAUCAUUGUACCAAUUUCAGUUUAUUUGUUUUGGUUUUACGUUCAUUUUGCCAUACUGACUACAAGCGGUCCUGGUGACUCGUUUAUGAGUCCGGCGUUCCAAGAAACGCUACAAGGAAAUGCGAUGUCACUUGAAAGCCUUGAAAUAAGAUUUAAUGACACAAUUACCUUAAAGCACAAAAAGACUUCAGUCUUCUUACAUUCUCAUCUUGAACGCUAUCCUCUUCGAUAUAACGAUGGGCGUAUUAGUAGUCAAGGGCAGCAAGUUACUGGUUAUAAAUAUGAGGAUAGCAACAAUCAUUGGCGAGUUAAACCUGCAACGAUUUUUAUGGAUCCCUCGAGACCGGAAGAUGAUUUUGUAAAACAUGGGGAUUAUAUAUUACUUGAACACGUCAAUUCAGAGUCGCAUCUCCUCACUCAUGAUGUAGCCUCGCCUUUGAUGCCAACCAAUCAAGAAUUUACGACCAUGCCAGUAGAUGAUGAUUCCCGUUAUAAUGAGACCAUUUUUCAGGUUUUAAUAGAUGAUGGUGAUUCAGACACAAUAUGGAAAACGAAAUCUAGCUAUAUGCGGUUGAUCCAUUUUGAUACAAAAGUGGCGUUGUGGACACAUGAUAAAUUGUUGCCGGAGUGGGCCUUUAAACAGCAAGAAAUUAACGGUAAUAAGAACAAUGUAGAUAGGAGCAAUGUAUGGUUCGCAGAUCAAAUUGUUGGAAAAAAUGUAACAAAGCCCUUGGUUCCAGAACCUCCAAAAAAACAUCUUCCAUUUUUUGCAAAAUUUUUUGAAUUGCAACGUCUUAUGAUCAGUCAUAAUUCAGGAUUAACGAAACCACACCCUUAUUCCUCUACACCGAUCAAUUGGCCAUUUUUAGUACGAGGUAUUUCUUUUUGGACAUACAACGAUGAGAGGCAACAGAUAUAUUUAUUAGGUAAUCCAUUUACCUGGUGGUUAUCUGUGGGUGCUAUGGCCGUUCUGGUUGGCGUUUUAUCCGCAGAUCUUAUCUCUAGGCGACGUGCUAUUCAACCGAUUUCUGAACCUGUUCGUGAUCGUUUAUACAAUUCCGGUCUAUUCUUCUUUAUGGCAUGGUUUAUACACUAUGCACCAUUUUUCUUAAUGGGUCGAUCACUGUUUCUCCAUCAUUAUCUUCCUGCUCUAAUCUGCGGUUAUUUUGUGGCAGCAAUAGUUUUUAACUUUAUGUUUAUAGAUUCUGUAAAUUAUCCAAUUUCAGUAGCUGGAUCGGGGAAGGCACCUCGAAUUGUGGCGCGUGCUGUUGUUAAACAUAUAUCAGUAAUUACUUGUAUUAUAUUGUUAACUUUGUCUGCAUGUGUAUUUUAUUAUUUUAUACCUCUUACCUAUGGUACACCUGGAGUAGAUCCGGCAGGAAUAAAAAAUAGGAUGUGGUUAGAUAGUUGGGAUUUACAUUUUCAACCGAAAAGACAUGAGGCGGCCUGA